AUGUUGAAUCCAGGGAGCACCUCCUGCUUAGAUGUGUGUUCAGUGAACAGGAUAAAAUAUGCUACUGCUCCAGCAACCCUUCGGAAACUGGUGGCCCAGGCAGCGAUCUAUCAUCUCUGGAAACAGAGAAACCACCUCCUCCAUAAUCAGGUUUCGAUCCCUCCCGAGUUAAUAUUCAAGGAUAUAGACAGGGAGAUUAGAAACACCAUAACUGCGAGAAAUCACAGGAAGCACUUCCGUAAUUUGAUGAUCCUUUGGAUUCGCUAG